GGGAGGGGAGGGGGGAGGAGAGGCAGCAGGAAGCAGAAGUAAAGUACAUCUUGUCGUUGGCUCCAGCACACCCAGAGCUGUUUUCUCAGCAUCAAGCUCCAGAGCCGUGCUCAGUGCGCACAGCCUGAAGAGGAGAGAGGAUGCUGAACAACAUGACGGACUGCGAGGAGGGAGAGGGGGGACCCAACAGCCAGGGAGAUGGGAACCCCAAAGAAAGCAGUCCUUUCAUCAACAGCAGUGCAGCCAGUGAUGUGGAGAAGAGCCAGCAGUAUGACGGCAAGAACAUGGCUCUGUUUGAGGAGGAGAUGGAUACCAGUCCAAUGGUCUCCUCUCUGCUCAGUACUCUGGCCAACUAUUCCAACCUCCCAACAGGCAGCAAAGAGCACGAAGAGGCAGAAAAUAAUGAGGAGGGGGCACGUCCAUCUAAAAAACCUGUCAAGGCACCACAGCUGGGCACUCUGAUGGGAGUCUACUUGCCAUGCAUCCAGAACAUUUUUGGGGUGAUCCUCUUCCUGCGGAUGACCUGGAUGGUUGGGAUAGGAGGCGUCUUUGGCUCCUUCAUAAUCGUCUUCAUGUGUUGCUCCACGACCAUGCUCACUGCCAUCUCCAUGAGUGCCAUUGCAACAAAUGGAGUUGUACCAGCUGGAGGUUCAUAUUACAUGAUCUCUCGCUCGCUGGGGCCUGAGUUUGGUGGAGCUGUUGGGAUCUGCUUCUACUUAGGAACCACUUUCGCAGGUGCCAUGUAUAUUCUUGGCUGCAUUGAAAUUCUGCUGAUUUAUAUCGUUCCUCAGGCAGCCAUCUUUAAGAUCGAGGGCCUGGAGGGGCCGGAGGCGGAAGCGGCUCUCCUCAACAACAUGCGGGUGUACGGCACCAUUGUGCUGAGCUUCAUGGCACUGGUGGUGUUUGUGGGGGUGAAAUAUGUUAACAAGCUGGCGCUGGUCUUCCUGGCCUGCGUCAUCCUCUCCAUCCUGGCUGUUUAUGCUGGGGUCAUCAAGACCGCCAUCGACCCCCCUGUCUUCCCCGUCUGCCUCCUGGGGAAUCGAACUCUUCUCUCUAAAGCGUAUGACGUCUGUGCAAAGGUCGUUGAAAUCGACAACGAAACCGUCACCACCAAACUGUGGAGGUCCUUCUGUGAUUCUGACUCCCUCAACGCCACUUGUGACGAAUAUUUCAUGAACAACAACGUCACAGAGAUACAGGGAAUCCCAGGGGUCACUAGUGGCAUCUUGGCAGAAAAUCUGUUUGGUAACUACCUGGAAAAGGGGAUGAUGCUGGAGAAGCGAGGACUUGCAUCAGACACAGAUCCAGACAGUCCUGUAACCAGCUCCAACCGCUACGUCCUGGCUGAUAUCACCAGCUUCUUCACCCUGUUGGUGGGGAUUUACUUUCCAUCUGUCACAGGUAUCAUGGCUGGCUCCAACCGCUCCGGAGACUUACGUGAUGCUCAGAAGUCAAUCCCCAUUGGCACCAUUGCAGCUAUCACCACCACAUCCACUGUGUACAUGUCAUGUGUGGUGCUCUUUGGUGCCUGCAUAGAAGGAGUAGUCCUCAGGGACAAGUUUGGUGAAGGGGUCAAUGGUAACCUGGUGAUUGGUACGCUUGCAUGGCCAUCUCCAUGGGUCAUUGUGUUUGGCUCCUUUUUUUCCACCUGUGGAGCUGGGCUUCAAAGUCUGACAGGAGCUCCACGUCUCCUACAAGCCAUCUCAAGGGAUGGCAUCAUCCCAUUUCUUAGGGUGUUUGGGCAUGGUAAAGCCAACGGGGAGCCCACCUGGGCCCUCCUCCUCACAGCUGGCAUCUGUGAGAUCGGCAUCAUCAUCGCCUCCCUGGAUUCAGUCGCACCCAUCCUCUCCAUGUUCUUCUUGAUGUGCUACAUGUUUGUCAAUCUUGCCUGCGCCCUGCAGACUUUGUUGAGGACGCCAAACUGGAGGCCGCGCUUUAAGUUCUACCACUGGGCUCUGUCUUUCCUGGGUAUGAGUUUGUGCCUGUCACUGAUGUUCAUCUGUUCCUGGUAUUACGCCAUAGUCGCCAUGGGCAUCGCCACCUGCAUUUACAAAUACAUUGAGUUCUGUGGAGCUGAGAAGGAGUGGGGUGAUGGGAUACGCGGCAUCUCAUUGAGCGCUGCUCGCUUCGCUCUCAUGAGGCUGGAGGAGGGACCGCCACACACCAAGAACUGGAGGCCUCAGAUCCUGGUUCUGGUGAGUGUGGACGGCGAGCAGAAUGUCGAGCAGCCUCGUCUGCUGUCUCUGACCAAUCAGCUCAAAGCAGGGAAGGGCCUGACCAUCGUUGGAACCGCAGUUCAAGGAACUUUCCUUGACAACUAUACUGAGGCACAGAAGGCAGACCAGUCUUUGCGGAAGUUGAUGGAGACAGAGAAGGUGAAGGGCUUCUCUCAGGUGGUCAUCUCCUCCAACCUGCGAGAUGGGACAUCCCACCUGAUCCAGGUUGGAGGACUGGGUGGUCUGAAGCACAACACUGUGAUGGUCAGCUGGCCCCGUAACUGGAAACAACCCGAGUGCCAUCAGCAAUUCAGGAACUUUAUUGAGGUGGUUAGAGAGACAACUGUAGCCAGUCUGGCCUUGUUGGUUCCUAAGAACAUCUCCAGCUACCCAUCCAAUGGAGAGCGCUUCACUGAAGGUCACAUAGAUGUGUGGUGGAUUGUCCAUGACGGAGGCAUGCUGAUGCUUCUGCCGUUCCUGCUGCGCCAACAUAAGGUGUGGAGGAAGUGCAAGAUGCGCAUCUUCACUGUGGCUCAGAUGGAUGAUAAUAGUAUCCAGAUGAAGAAAGACCUCAUCACCUUCCUCUAUCACCUGCGCAUUGACGCUGAGGUGGAAGUCGUGGAAAUGCACGACAGUGACAUCUCAGCCUACACCUAUGAGAAGACACUAGUAAUGGAACAACGAUCACAGAUCCUCAAACAAAUGCAUCUGACCAAGAAUGAGAUGGAGAGAGAGAUCCAGAGCAUUACAGAUUCAUCCCGUGGGUCUAUUCGACGUAAGAACCCACCUAACUUGCGCUCCCAGCACAGCGCUGAGGAGGGAACCAGCGUGGCAGAAAAACCAGAGGAGGAGGUACAGCUGAUCCACAGUAAGAACACCUCCACACCGACCAGCCCCACAAGCCCCAUGUCCCCUGCUGCGCCCGCAGGGGGCGCCGCCACCUGGACCGACAACAAGGGACCAGACAAGGGAAAGACCCUUUUAGCAGAGCCGAACAAAGACCUCUUCAACAUGAAGCCGAACCAGACGGAUGUGAGGCGCAUGCAUACGGCGUUGCGGCUCAAUGAGGUUAUCAUAAAGAAGUCUAAGGAGGCAAAACUCGUCCUGCUCAACAUGCCUGGACCACCAAGGAACCGCGUGGGCAUCGAAAACUACAUGGAGUUCCUUGAGGUGCUCACUGAAGGUCUCAAUCGGGUCCUCCUAGUGCGUGGAGGUGGACGUGAGGUCAUCACCAUCUACUCCUGAAGGGCUUUUCUGGUCUUUUGACAGCUCCAACAUGAACUCUGCCCUCCCCUGCCUCUGUGUUGUUCCAGGAAAAAUCCCCCUCAUACAUCCAUCCAGUCACCACCACGUGUUGUGCUCAGACGUCAGUAUUUACAGGUGACAUCUACUGCUGUAGACCUAACUUAUCUGUUACCUUCUAACCAUUAGGGUACACAAAGAAUUAUGCAGUAGUCACAUUUUCUGUUCCCGGUUUGUUAGCUGAAAACAGCAGGUGAGGUUAUGGUUAGUUUUAAAUUUAAUUUAAAAAACAAGACUCCAAAAACUUAAUAUAACCUCAGAAAAUGGAAAGUUUUCUUUAAAUUCUUAUUUUAUUGGGAUAUACAGUACCAAGGCACAUAUAAAUAAUGUAAUCAUUGUAAUCAGACUUAAAAGACCAAUAGAAUUAAUAGGAAAUACAGGGUUAGAAAAUAAAAUGUAUUACAGGAAAACCAGGAAAUGGAAGGGUUUCAAGCAUUCCUUUCCCCUUUCUGAUGUGUUUAAUCAUCAUUCUGUCCUUUUGCAUUUUUUCCUGGUGUAAAGGAGGAAUAUUUUUUCUCUAUCAUUUUUCUUAUUUUAUAUUAUUUAAUAUUGAUAUUAUUUAUGUAUUUAUUCACCUAGUCAUGUCUGUCUUUGUCCUGGUCUUUUUGUGUAUUUAAUUGUAUGUUUGAAAGUGAACAAGUUAUAACAUUAGAGAACUAGCAAUUAUAUUAAUUCAUAGUAGGAAACAGUUGGAUGAGGAUCUUCCUCUGUUCUCAUAGUUCACAUAUGUAAAACAUUCACACUAUCUAACUGUAGAGCUGAAAGGGCCGAGGUUGGUGCUCUGUGUCAAUAUGUACAUAAAUUCCCAAAAGACGAGUUGGAUCAAAUAGAUUUAUGUAACACCACCUGUGAAAGUGCAGGGCUGGUAUGUGCAACCUGCAGUUUAUGAACAUCAUGAGAACAAUCAUCUCAUCACUGACCACUUUGAUUUUUCUGUUUAUUUAUUGGCAUCACUCUCUUGUUGCAGAGAGCUUGGCAGAAAUUAAAAUGAAAAGUGAAUGAUUAGAUACAGAUCGUCACGAUCCCAGACCUGAUUGUUUUAUUAUCCUUCAUAGUCCUUCAUCUCUAAACAAAAAUUGUUAGUACCAAAGACAUUUAAUUGUGAAAUUUAAGCAGAUUUUAGACCAAGCAUCUCUACUACUUUUCUAAAACAGUCAAAUGUACUCAGCAGAACUAAAUAUUUUGGUGUUUUACACAUCAGCUGUAUGUCAUAAAUUCUAUUCAAAUAAUGAAUAUUUUUUAAUGGAAUGGUUCAGAUCAAAAGAUUUACAAAUGAUUUGAAAAAUGUUGUAUUUUUUGCAUGGUGAGUGCACAUACACUUAGUUUCUCUCUUGCUGAGAGUUCAGUGAGAAAAUUUAAACCAUGUGUUUAUAUGCUAAAUCUGUAGCUGUAGUUAGGAGAAAGUUAGCUUAGCUUAGUAUAAAGACUGGAAACAGGGAAACAGGAGUCCUAAUUAUUUUUAAAGGUUAAAAACCUGGAAAAAAAUCAGCUGCUGGCUGUAGCUUCAUAAUAAGAAUGGUAUCAGUUUUCUCAUCUAACUCAAGGCAAGAAAACAAAUUUCCCAAAUGCUAGUGUAAAAUGUAUAUUAUUUGCAUUUGCUACUAUGCUAAUACACACAAUUUUAAAAUGUGAAGAAAUUUGCUGUGAUGUUGACAAAGCAGAUAUAUAUAGACCCAUAAUAAUAAAUAAUUAUAGAGGAAUCUCAUGAGAAGCAUAUUAAACAGCUUUAGCAUGGUUUAUUAUCCUGCAGAGUUCCCCUCAGUCAUUUGUUUUAGUGUGUGUGUGUGUGUGUGUGUGUGUGUAUGUAUGUAUGUAUACAACAAAUGUUUAGUUUCUAUUUGUGUAUGGUUUAGUAAAGUUUGAUUCACUCACAUGUACUGUUUUGUUAUAGACAUUCACACUUUUCAAAAUCAACAUUUUGUUGGAUAUAACCAGUAAAAGUCAGGUCAAUCUAUAUUAUCUUGCACCAGAAUGUGUAGAGUUUAUGAUAUCUAUAUUAAAACAAAGCAUUUAGUUUUGUUAUGAUGGAAGUUACUAUCCAAACAUGUAUGUAUACAGACAUAUGGUUUUAUUUCCCAGUCUUGCUUGGCCUAUUAGAGCUGUGAAGUAUUUUUUUUAGUAAAUUCCACAUCAGUUUCUAACAAAAAGAAAGUCUAUAGCCUUCAGAAUCUUUUCCAGAAAAGUAUAAGACAUGUAAGUAUCUUGUAUGUAUGAUAGUUUCCUGAAGAUUUAUUGUAUACAUGUAUUGUUUUUAAUCCUGUAGCGUACACAGAACGUCACCUAAUCAUACACACAUCAACAUGUCUCCUUUUUGGUAAAUAUCUGUACAGCUCCCCAGUGUUUCCCUUAUAAUUGUGAAAAGUGUGGGUGCUUAUCAUUAGCAACAACAAAAAAUAAGAUUUAUAUUUCUAAAUCUGAAUAGUUCUGCAUUUACUUUUGAUUUACAAAAUGACGGCAUAGUUCUGCAGACACAUAUAUCAGUCACUGGUCUGCAGAAGUUUAGAGUCAGAAGAAGAAGAAGAAGCAGAAGUUUAGGUUUUUUAACUCCCUUAAUCAGAGUUUGUGUGUAAAGGUUGUGGCUACAUGCCUGUAUGCUGUAUGUGUAUAUGUGCGUGUGAACCUGGCAAUAUGGGCACACUUGUUAAAGUGAGGACAGUGUAAUUGAAUAUAGAUAUCAGGUAAAGAUGGGACAUUUGUAAAUAGAUCUGUGAUUUUAGGCUUAGAGAUAACACGUGUAUUGUGUGUGACAAUACUGCUUUUAUGGAUAUAAAAUAGGCAGUUUGUAUUGUCUUUAAAUGGUAAACAAACUUUGUUUUAUGUUCUAUCAUGUCCAAUGCAGUUAUGUACAAAUGAUGGUUUAAAGAAACCAUUUUAUGUCGGUACAACUUGCAAUAAAUUUAAAUAAUUUUAAU